CGACAAGCCUACUCCGAGUCUGACUGUUUGGCCUAGCUUCCUUAGCUUCAUUAGCUUAGAUUAGCUUAGCUUAUCGUUCAUUAAUCUGGUGUCUAUCUAUCCACCCAUCCACGUCCACGGGAUUCACAUGCGCCAUGCCUAGUAUGAGAGCUGUUCGAUACCAUGGACCUGGGGAUGUCCGGGUCGAGGAGAUCGAGGAGCCGAGGUGUGGGGUGGGGGAGGUGAAGAUCAGGCCUGCGUUUGUAGGUAUUUGCGGAAGUGACCUCCACGAAUACUUCCACGGCCCCCUCACCAUCCCCCGCGCCAAGAUCCCCAUCACCCUAGGCCACGAAUUCAGUGGCACGAUCACGGAGAUCGGCGCUGGCGUGACGCUCGCCAAAGUCGGAGACCGGGUGGCCGUGAAGCCGAAUCUGGUCGAUGGGGGUUGUGUGGCUUGCCUGCGGGGUUGGUCCAAUUGUUGUCGAAAUUUGGGGUUUGUGGGGUUUAGUGGCGAUGCAGGGGGAAUGUCAGAUUUUGUGGUUGUUAGGGAAGAACAAGCCAUUCUGCUGCCAGCGGGUUUUGCUCUAGAUCUCGGGGCCUUGGUUGAGCCGUUGACCGUGGCAUGGCAUGCGGUGAAUCGCUGCUCUCUGCGUGAUGCCCGCACAGUGCUUGUGGUUGGUGGCGGGCCUAUCGGGCUUGCUGUGCUCCUGGUUCUCAAGGCCCGCAGAGUGGAAACAGUCGUCGUUGCUGAGAUCUCGGUCCAACGGCGGGAACUUGCCCGCACUUUGGGUGCCACAUGUGUCAUUGACCCUCAAACGGAGGAUGUUAAUUCCAAGGUACGUGGAAUGACUAUGGGCAUGGGUGCGGAUGUGGCUUUUGAAUGCUCUGGCGCGCAGGCUGGCCUCGAUACUGCCGUAACAGGAAUCCGAGAGCGAGGGACGGUUACGAUUGUGUCACUGUUUGUGGAGAGACCGUCAGUUAAUGCGCUCGGUGUGGUUCUGGGCGAAAAAAGCGUUAUGGGGGCUGUCAUCUAUGAAGAUGGGGAUUUCGAGGCCGUCAUCGAAGCGAUAUGGUCAGGCAAACUCGACCCCAAAGCUCUGAUCACCAGCAAGAUCCGCAUGGAGGACAUCGUGGAAAGGGGGUUCCAAGCUUUGGUCAAAGGAAAGGAUCAACACGUCAAGAUCUUGGUUGAUAUCGCGGCUUAGUGUCCGAGACGGGCUGUGCGGUUGCACAAGACGACUGGAUCAGCUGCGGCUGUAGGUCGCACGGUCUGGAAGCAAAACGGGCCACGGAUGUAUAGUAUCUUCUCGGGCGUUCUGCCGUGUUCUGUGGAAUACAUGACUGCCACGCACUUUCGCCUUUGGUAUUCGUGUCCUUCCCGGUACCAGCCAGCUAUUUUGCCCAGCGGUCCCAGCGGAUGCCGGACGGAGACGCCGUCAACAUCACCGCCGGUCAGCAAUGCCAAGCCAGCUCGAUUCCUGUAGACUCGGGUUUCCGCGCUGGGGGGGGAGGACGCCUUGUUGGUGCGGCGCUGAUGUAGAACCUUACCGCAUUGCCUGUCAGCAAGCGAGGUCGAGAGCCUUGGCUUGGCCGGUAGAUGUCGCCUUCCGGUCCCAACACGUGUGAAGUGAAUACGAGACAACAAACAGGCCCCUCCCAGCGCUGAG